AUGAUUAGCUUUUGGUUGAUUUUUCUUUGGCUCUUCGUUGUGUUGGUGCUACUCUUCGUUGUGUCCUUACUUUACAAAACUUUCUCUAGAAAGGAAAAGAAGCUGACGUUUUUGUCGCUCCCUGAUGAAAUCGUCUUGAACUGUUUAGCCCGCAUAUCGAGAUCGUACUAUCCGAAACUCUCCCUAGUCUGCAAGACCUUCCGCACUCUCCUCAUAUCUAACGAGCUCACCGUGGCGCGAGUGCAACUUAAAACCUACGAAAGUUUUUUUCAUGUCUGCUUAAAGUUUCCUGAUAAACCUAAUCCAUCAAUGUUCACCCUCUGGAUAAAACCUGGUCAAAUCUUAACCAACCAACUUGAGAAGAACGAGAGGUCUACAGGAGCUACUCGGUUGGUACAAAUACCUUCUUCAUAUUGUUCUAUUGUACCACAUUACCUAAUUUCUGUUGGUUCCGAAGUAUACGGACUCAGCCAACACAAUGAUCCGUCCUCCAACAUGUUUGUCCGUAACAAGGAGGAUUUGUUUUGGUGUAAUGCCCCAAACAUGACUGUAGCUCGAGCGAAAGCCAUCGGGCACGCCUACAAUGGGAAACUAUAUGUCAUGGGAGGUUGCAGGGAUGAUGAAUCCGUGAAUUGGGGUGAGGUUUUUGACCCAAAGACUCAAACUUGGGAAGCUUUACCUGACCCUGGCUCUGAGCUCCGUUUUUCUUCAAUUAGAAAAAUAGAUGUGUUCCAAGAAAAGCUUUACGUUAGCAGCAACGAGAAGAUAGACUCUGUUUAUGAUCCAAAAGAAGGUAAAUGGAAUGUUGCAGAAAAAUCACCUGUGCAAUGUAUGAAUCUUGGUUGUGGAAUGAUUGAAAUAGCUAACUAUGGUGGAAAACUCUUAAUCUUAUGGGACAAGGUUGGUCUUUCUCAAGACAAAGAUAUUUGGUGUGCGGUGAUUGCGCUUGAAAAACGUGAUGGUGUUGAUGAAGUUUGGGGGAAAAUUGAGUGGGCUAGUAUCGUGCUUACGGUUCCAAGCUCAUACGUUUUCUUGUAUAGUCUACUAAAUAGGAUUUGA